UGGAUACUACUAGUGACUUGUAGUGAAAGAGAAGGAUCGUCCAGCCAAGGCACGAUGUUAGUCAUUGCCUUCAUUGUUGCAAGUUAAAACGAUGACGGCCACCGCUGGUUGUUGCUGACUAGUGGUGGUUCGUUGGUGAAUUUACUGAACAGUCACUAAUAUGUGCGAGUAAACAAUAAUCCGUCUUACAUUGUUCAUAAACCCAAAUUUAUAAAAAGUGUAAAAAAAUUUUCAUUAGUAAUUUAUAAAUGUCAAGCCUUAUAAGAUUAUAAUUUCAUAAUGAUGCUUGAAAAAACUUCUUUAAAUUUGGUCAUAUUAAUAAAUUGGUAACUUGAAAUAUUUAAUAUCAAAUUUUUCAUAUUAUAUUAAUGAACGACAGUUAAUGGUCUUAACAACUAUGCUAAUGUUUCGACUAAUGGAAAUAAAAUUUUGUUUUUUAAAUUAGCUUCACUUCAAAAUGAACUAUGAUAGUUUGGCAAAUUAAUCUGAAUUUAAUAUGUCUAAAUAAGAGUUUUUCUGCCGAUAUGUAUUUAUUUCAAACGUAUAAACGAAAAAAUAUGGUGUUAUUGUUAGUUAUCAUGGUAGCUUUAACUAUUGUUACUGCAAUAUUGUAUUAUAAAUCAUUGAUUUCUCCUUGUUACACAUUACCAAGUUACUCUUCGAGUAAAAAUAAUGGUAGAUUGAUAGCUCAAAUGGAUUCUAAACAUCAAUGGUCACCUUUAUAUUCUUAUGUCAAAAAAAACAAAAGUUAUUUAAUUUGCAAAACUCAUGACACUCAGAUUCAUAAUGGUAACAACCUUCAAUUAGAGUACAUCGAAAAAAAAGAAAAGGAUUUAUUAACAACAAACAUUAAUUCUAAAAAAGUUAGUAUUAAAGAUAUGGCUUUAAUAUACUUUAUAACACCAACAUAUCCUCGACGAGAGCAAAUUGCUGAAAUUAUAAGGCUUAGUCAAACACUAAUGCAUGUACCUAGGCUAUAUUGGAUAGUCGCUGAUGAUCGGCCAGAUUGCAGCGAGCAACUCAAAAUCAUUCUUCCUGAAUUUGGAAUACCAUAUACUUAUAUAGCUAGCCCGAUGCCUACAUUAUACAAAAAAAAAAACGUCGUGCCUCGUGGAGUAUCCAAUCGAAGAGCUGCUCUUGAUUGGAUUCGUCAAAAUCAUAACAAAAGUGAUACGAACGCGAUUCUGUAUUUUGGUGACGAUGAUAAUACAUUUCAUUUGAAUCUUUUUAAAGAAAUACGGACCACAAAAAAAAUAUCUAUGUUUCCUGUUGGUUUGGUAGGAGAUUAUGGAAUUAGUUCACCUAUUGUAGAGAAAGGUAAAGUCAUUGGAUUUUUUGAUGGUUGGCCAGCUAGUCGGAAAUUUCCAGUUGAUAUGGCUGGCUUUGCUGUAAAUAUUCAGCUUAUUUUUAAAUACCCUCAAGCUACCAUGCCUUACAAGGCAGGUUUUGAAGAGGAUAGUUUUCUUACAGCGUUGAAUAUUCAGUUAGAAGAUAUUGAACCUAAAGCAGAAAAUUGUACAAAGAUUUUGGUUUGGCAUACUCAAACUGUUAAAAAGUUACCAUCAGUCUUAUCAAUCAAAUCAAAAUCUACACUUCCUGGGUCACUUACAAAACUUUUAGAGCAAUUAACAUUAUUGGGUAUAGGAACCAUAAGUGAUUCAGUAAAAGGCAAUCGUACUUAUAUAACAAAACAUGGGAACAUUUUCAGGCUGUGAAGUAUAAUAUAAUUAUGAUGAACAUAAAAAUUAUGAUUUACUUUUAAAUGUAUUUACGUGAAAUAAAGUAAUCACACCUCCUUGACAAAGAUCCUUUAUUUUUUAUUACUUGAGAAUAAAAAAAAUUGGUGCCCAUAUUUAUGUCUAGUAUUGCAUAUAGUUUAUUCAAUAUGUUAGUAUCAGACAAGAAUAAUCAAUAUUUAAAUAAUUGUACAUUAUUGCAUAUACCUUUAUUUAAUGUUAAUUUUACAAUUUGAUUUUUAAAUAGAACUGUUAAAUUUCUGUGUCAAUAAAGAUAACGACAGAGGGUAAUUUAUAGUUCCUUUGUUAUUGCUGUUAAAAA